UCUGAGGCGAGCCUACGGGAAGUCGACAAGCGGCGCUCGCGCGGGGCACGCCGGGAGAUGCCCCUGGCCCGUCUCGCAUUGCGCGCGGGGGUCGCUUUGGGGGCAGCAGCAGCGGCAGCAGCGGCGGUGACUGUGGUAGUAGCAGCAGCAGCAGUGGUUGAAGAAUGUGAUGAUGCUGAUGAUGAUGGUGAAGAUGUCGCACUGAAGCCGAGGGCCGAGGAGGAGUGAGUGAGGAGGAGGACGAGGAGGAGGAGGAAGAAGUCUAGCGAACAGGGUCGCGCGUUUUCGCUUCCGGGGUGGAGGGGCCGACGCGUGACCCCGCCCCGCGAUGGCGCACCGGCUCUCGGCCCGCGCUGGCCGGGCGGCGGCGUGCUGGGGAGACGGCCAGCGGGGGGCCCGGGGCCACGGAGGCCACGGGGGCCCCGGCGGCGGCGGCGGCGGCGGCGGCAGCGGCGGCGGGAGCCCCCCGCCGCCGGCUUCGCCCGUUCUGUCCUCCGCGGCGGCCGCUUCCCUGGCCUUGAUGGCUGCGGAAGACAAAGCGAUCAUCUUCGAUUUCAAGACGAUGGCUGGCGGCCACCUGCAGGUGCUGCAUACGGAUACGAACAUGAAGAAGGACGAUUCGAAGUCGGAAAUUGACUUUGCAAACAGCAGCGAGUACGAGUGGAGGCACCGGCCGCCCCCGAGGGGCGUCAGCAACCCCGAGGACUACGCGCUGUGCCAUAGGUUCCUGGAGCUGGGCUGGUGCACGCUGGGGCCCCAGUGCGACUGCGCGCAUUCGGAGGCCGAGCUGGGCGAGUGGCGGCGGCGUCACGCCAUCCGUGCCGGCGCGCGCGGCGAUGGCGGCGGCGGCGGCGGCGCCGGCGGCGCCGGCGGCGGCGGGGAGACGCCGUGCGGGGGGCAGGAGGCGGCGCUCGGGUACUCGGAGAGCCUCAUCGAGCGCUGGAUGACGGCGCCCAAUCCCGAGGCGGUGCUGAGCGAGUUUGUGGACGGGGUGGACGUGAGCCACUCGCAGGACCUCACGCUCGCCGUGAGCAGCAAGAGAUUCAGCACCACCUGGGUGUUCGCGCUUGCGUGCAAGCCGCCGCGCUCCCUGCUACGCGUGGUGCUGCUCUACGACUCGCACCGCCCGCACUUCCACGUCGCCUCCGUGGUGCCGCGCGACGCCAGCUCCGACGCCGGCGACUCCCCGGGCGCCUCGGGCCGCCCUCCGACCCCGUGCGGCGACCCCAACGCCGCGGACUCGGCCGCGGCCUCCCACCGGCCCCCCGGCGCCGGCGGCCCCUCCGAGGCCUCGCGAGGCUCGGGGCGGCGAGCGAACGGGGCGGCCGCCGACGGCGUCGCGGCCGCGCCGGCGGGAUCCGGCGGCGGCAGGCAGGAGUGGGCGGCGGGCGACGGCGGCGGCGGCGGCGGCGGCGAUGACGGCGGAGGAGCGAGGGGCGCGUACCGUGUGAGCGUGGAGUUCUCCACGGACGUGUACGGCACGUUCCGGCAGACGGUGGUGUUCGACUUUGGCUGCUGGCCUGUGCUGGCUCGCAGCCUCACGGUGCACACGGCUGACACGCUGGUGCCGAGCGCCGAGGAGGACCUCCAGCUGCUGUCGUGCGACUGGUGGGACGCCGGCAACCCAUCGGUGACCAUCGUGGAGUUCGGCGUGCCCGUCGGGGUGCCCGCCGCGCUGAUCCCCGGCGCGGCCGCCGAGGAGGAGGGCGGUGCGCCGAGCCCCACCCAGCUGUACCGCGUGCCGGAGCUGCCGCUCGGCCUCUUCUCCAGCCCGGCGCUGCAGCGGCCGCUGCGCGCCGAGAACUACCGCCGGCGCUUCCACGACCUGCUGUACAUCGAGGAGUUGGCGCAGUACAAGGAGAUCAGCCGGUUCAACAUCCGCGCCGACCUGCAGCUGGUGCGCAGCUACAUGCUCACGGGCACGUCGGGCGGGGCCAAGUUCGCUCAGGGCGGCGAACUCUUCGCCCGCUUCCGCCUGGGCCGCAGCCUGUCGGAGGACACGGCGCACGGCCGCCUGCUCACCACCAGCGUCGGCACCGUGCUCCUGAGGCCCGUGUCGGUGGCGCGGCCCGGCGCCGCCGGCGCCACCGCCGCCAUCGCCACGGACACGACGGAGGACCACGACGCGGCCGCGCGGCGGCUGAGCGAGGACGGCUCGCUGGAGAUUGAGGAGGUUGUCCGGCACCAUCAUCAGCACCUGCAGCAGCAGCACCUGCUGCAGCUGCAGAGGCAGCAGAUGAAUGACAGGGGCUGGCCGGAGAAGGCGGCGCCGGCGGCGGCGGCGGCGGCGGCGGCGACGCCGGCGGCGGCGGAGGAGGAGGAGGGCAGGCGGGCGAGGCGCUUGGGGCUCAAGGUGUACCAGGCGAUGAUCGAGGAGAAGACCAAGGAGUACGUCUUCCUGCGCAUCUCGCGCCAGUGCUGCCAGGAGCUGGGGCUGCGCGCCGACCAGCAGAUCAAGGUGGAGCUGCAGUUCCAGCUGAACCGGCUGCCCCUGUGCGAGAUGCACUUCGCCGUGGACCGCAUCCCCGAGCCCGCUCUGCUCUUCCCCGCCGUCGCCACCCCGCCUGUCAUCCCCUGGGGUCCACACAGGCAGUGGGACGACCAGCUGGACCCACGGCUCAACGCCAAGCAGAAGGAGGCCGUGCUGGCGGCGACGGCGCCGCUCGCCGUGCCCCUGCCGCCCGUGCUGCUGCUGGGGCCCUACGGCACGGGCAAGACGUUCGCGCUGGCGCAGGCCACCAAGCAGGCGCUGAGGCAGCAGCACACGCGGAUACUCAUCUGCACGCAUUCCAACAGCGCGGCAGACCUGUACAUCAAGGACUACCUCCACCCGCACGUGGAGGGCGGAAAUCCCGAGGCCAGGCCGCUCAGGGUGUACUACCGGCACCGCUGGGUGAAGAGCGUGCACCCGGUGGUGCAGCAGUACUGCCUCAUGUCGCCCUCGCGCUCCGAGUUCCUGCCCCCCGUGCAGGAGGACGUCCUCAAGAGCCGCGUGGUUGUCACCACGCUCAGCACGUCGCGCACGCUCUGCCAGCUCAACCUGCCCGCGGGCUUCUUCACGCACAUCCUCAUCGACGAGGCGGCCCAGGCGAUGGAGUGUGAGACCAUCAUGGCGCUCGCCCUCGCGACGGGCGACACGCGCGUCGUGCUCGCCGGGGACCACAUGCAGCUAUCCCCGGUGGUGCACAGCCAGUUUGCGCGCAAGAAGGGGCUCCACCUGUCGCUGCUGGAGCGGCUGUACGAGCUCUACCCGCCGGCCUUCCCCUGCCGUGUGCUCCUCUGCGAGAACUACCGCUCGCACACCGACAUCGUCAGCCUCACGUCGGAGCUGUUCUACGAGGGGAAGCUCGCGGCCAGCGGACGGCAGCCGGCGCAUGGCGAGCUGCAGCCGCUGGCGUUCUACACGGCGCGCGGGGAGGCGGUGCAGGACAAGAACAGCACGGCCUUCUACAACAACGCCGAGGUGUUUGAGCUGGUGGAGCGCGUGGAGGAGGUGUGCCGCAAGUGGCCCGUGGCGUGGGGGAAGCUGGGCGAGGGCAGCGUGGGGGUCGUGACCCCGUACGCUGACCAGGUGUUCCGCAUCCGCUCGCAGCUGCGCAAGAAGCGGCUGUACGACGUCAGCGUCGAGCGCGUCCUCAACGUGCAAGGCAAGCAGUUCCGCGUGCUGUUCCUGAGCACGGUACGCACGCGGCACACGCGGCGGCACGGCGCGGACACCGGCGCCGUGGCCGUGGCGCCGGCGCACGUCGUCGCGGCGACGGGGGAGGGCGCCGGCGCGUCCGCCGAACAGUGCCGGGACCCCCUGGACGACCUGGACCUGGGCUUCCUGUCCGACCCCAAGCUGCUCAACACGGCCAUCACGCGGGCGCAGUCGCUGCUCGCCGUCGUGGGCGACCCCGUGGCGCUCUGCUCGCUCGGGAAGUGCAGGAAGCUCUGGGAGCGCUUCAUCGGCGCGUGCCACGACAGCGGCAGCCUGCAGGGCACCACGCUGGAGCAGAUCCGCGCGGAGCUCGACGGCGUGGAGCUCAAGAAGUCGUACGUGCUCAACCCGCUCGCGCCCGAGUUCGUGCCGCGGGCGCUGCGGGCCGCCGCCGCGGCCGCCGCCGCCGCUUGCUUCCCCGGAGGUGGAGGAGGAGGUGGAGGAGGAGGUGGAGGCGGUCAGCACGCGUGGGAGCAGAUGCACGGAGGACUGCCCGACGUGAUCACGCACAAGCCGCACUCGCCCUCACAGGGCAAGAGCUCCUUCCAGAGGCAGAGCUCGCACGGCCAAGCCAAUGGCCAAGUCGGUCAGCCGAGCCCUCCCGGAGGAUCGCGCGCCAACGCCGCCAACGCCGCCGCAAACGCCGCCGCCAACGCCGCCGCCAACACCGCCGCCGGGGCCCUCCCCACGGCCUCCCCGCUCGCUCAGGGGCCCCAGCCGCCCUCCCAGCAGUUGGGGGGUACUCCCGAGGGCCCCCCGAGCCCCCUGCAGCGUCUGGAGGCGCAGGGAGGGGCGGGCAGCUUGCUGUGCAUGCCCCAGCACUCUGGGUACCCGCCGGGCUUCCUGCUGCCCAUGCCCGUGUCGCCCUGGCCCAACCGCGUGGCCGUUGACCCGCGGCUGCUCGCGCAGCAGGCGGCCGCGGUCGCCUACCACCUCACCCUGCUGCAGGCGCAGCAGACGCGCGGUGCCGGCGGCGGCGCCGGCGGCACGGCAGCGGCGGCGGCGACGGCGUCGGCGUCGGGCGCCCCUCAGGCCGCCCCUCCCACGACGCCGUCCGCUGGCGGCCUGCCCUACCCUCCCUGGGGCCACCCGACGACGGCGGUGGCCGCGGCGGCCGCGGCGGGCGUCCCGAGCCUUCCCUGGGCCCAGAACCAGCAGCAGCAGCAGCAAGUGCUGGGAAACUCUGGCGGAUCGGUGACUCCAGAUCUGGAUCUUCACGAUAAACAGCUGAAGCUGACGGAGCAGCAGGUGAAUCUGGCGCUGGCGGCGGUGGCCCCGGGCGCCACCGGCAAGGAGGCCCAGAAGCGGAUGCAGCAAGCGGACUUCCUCGCCGGGUGCCCGGCGUCGCCGUUCCUCGGUCCGGACCCUCCGCAGCAGCAGCAGCAGCAGCACGCGUACUUCCGAAGCCUCGUGCCUGCGUCCACGCACAGCGCGCAGCAGCUGUUCCUGCACCAGCAUCACCAGCAGCAGCAGCAGCAGCAGCUGGCGCGAGGGCACCAGCAGCAGCAGCAGCACGGAAUCUUUCCCUCCGCGUUCUUCGGCUCGGAGGCCGUGCUCGGCAUGGCUCCCGCCGACGGCCUCAAGCUUCCGCCGCUUGCGCCGCAGCUGUUCCAGCAGCAGCAGCAGCAGUUGGACCAGCACACGGCAGCCGAAUUGCAGCAGCAGCAGCAGCAGCAGCAGCACAAGUCGUUGGCGGCGCUGGGCCUGCUGCCGCUGGGAUCGGAGCCGGGCGGCCGCGUGUCGCUGGGCCGCGUGGCGCCGCCGGCCCCCUCGUCGGGGUGGCCCGAGCUGUACGGGGUCGGGGGGGGCACCGCCGUGGCCUCCCCCCAGCCCCCGCAGCAGCAGCAGCAGCAGCAGCAGGCGGUGGGCGCGUCGCUUGGGCACGUCGGCAUGGACGAGAUGACCCUGGCGGAACGCCGUCAGCUGAUGCAGCAGCAGCAGCAGCAGCAGCUGCGGCUGCAGGAGCAUCUCUCGAUGGGCGGCGGUCACGCGCAGAGGUUGGCGGCCCUCGGCCAGGGGUCGCCCUUCACCGCCAACGGCCUCCCGGGGCCCCCCUCGCCGUACUCGCGCAACUUCUCUGGGCUCCCCCUGGCCGCCGCUCAGCGGCUGCCCAAGCUGGGCGAGAUGCGCGCGGAGCCCUCGCUGGUGCCGCAGUCGCGCCUGCUGCAGUACAAGCAGGCGUGCGCGGCGCAGCGAGCCGUCUCGCCGCACCCCUUCGCCAACUCGGCCGCCGGCGCCGACGACGCCCAGCCGGGCCGACCGAACUUCCCCGUGCGGGGCCCCGACGCCAGGACUAGCGUCGAGUACGCGCCGUCGCCCUUCUACGCGCUGCCCUCGAGACCGACGCUGGCGCACUUUGCGCCGGGCGCGUACCCUCACGGCGCCGGCGGAGGUGGAGUGCCGCACCUGCCCCCGGCCGGUUUCGGCGGCAUGCAUCAUCACCAGCAGCAGCAGCAGCAGCCUUCGCCGCCCUCGCCGGCGACGGUGGGCGCGAGCGAUGCCGACCUGGAACGGCCCGGGGGCCCGGCGGCGCAGAUCUACAACGGGUUCUCGCACGGGCUGCUGCUGGGAGCGGCGCUCAGCCCCAGGAAGGAGGGCGGCGGCGGCGGCGGCGCCGGCGCCGGCGGCGUCGACCCGAUGGCCGGCGCCGCCACCGCGCAGUCGUCGCCGUCCUCCGUCGUUCAGUCGUACGCCACCGCCGGCGUGAACGGGCGAGCGGCGGUGCCGUCGCCCGGCGGGGAGUUUGACGGCUCGGGUUGGCCUCCCUCGGGGGUGACGAGCGCCCAGCACCACCAGCACCAUCACCAGCACCAUCACCAGCAGCAGCAGCAGCAGCAGCAGCAACAGCAGCAGCAGCAGCGCUACGGCUUGCGCAGCGCCAGCGGCGACGCCGUUCACUUCCCGAGCCACUACGGCCCUCCGGCCUCCGUGCUGUGUCUGCCGUCGGGCGCCGAAACGUCGGACCCCCUGCUGAGGCCCGGACCGUCCCAGAAGGCCGGGCUCAGUGUGGAGAUGGAACAGCACCACCAGCAGCAGCAGCAGCAGCAGCAUCAGCAGCAGCAGCUUCACCAGCACCAUCAGCUUCUGCUUCCGCACCACCUCCACCCGCUCGCAACGUCCACGCACCCCGAUCACUUCAAGAACGGAGACGCGGGGCGGCCGCUGUACCAGAGGCAGGCGAGUUCCGCCGCACAGCUCCACAGCAGCCACGCGGCUCAGCUGACCGAACCCACGGCCGCGAAAUCCGCCCCGUCCGACGUUCAGCCUCACGGCAAACCGGCCGGCGGUGCCGGCGCGGGGCCGGCUACCGUCGGAGCGACCGGUGGCGGCGGCGGAGGCGGCACCAGGGCGGUGAAGUCGUACGCCUGCGCCGUGCGGUCCACGCCGCCCGCCUCCGCAAAAGCCAACGCCGGCCGACGGCGCGGACCGCAGGGGCGGCGUGGCGGGGCCGGCGGUAACCGGCGGCGGCGGCGGCGGCGGCGGCGCAUCGACGGAACGGGAGGCCCCGUCGACGGCCGAGCUCCGGGCGCUUGGGUCGGGCCUCGAGCCUUGCCGCCCGCUCGUCCGUCCGCGGCUCGGUUUGAGCACAGAGGACACGGAGUCGCGUCGGAACGAUCCCGUUGGGCGCGCCGUGCCGUGCCGUGCCGUGCCGUCCGUCGGGUGCCCCUCGCAAAGCCCCAAGGCCACGAUCGCGGUGGGAAGAAGGUGGCACCGCUGCGCGUGUGUGGCACAGACGGACAGAGUCUGCAGUAG